AGGCAGAUGGGGCCGGCGCACAGUGCAGGGAACACCUUAAAAUGUAUUAGUUUCAAAAACCCACGGGGGACACAGGAGAGGAGGGCGUGAGUGGCAGGCUUUGUUUUGUGCCUUUGCAUGGUGAGCAGUUGAGGUCUUGUGAGGGGGGAGACGGUAUGCACAGAGUGCACACAGAUGUAAGAAAAGAGCGUUGCAUAAGUUCAACUGAACAAGCAAAUCAGAAAGAACCAGCAAACAGCGUGACUGGGGCAGAGGGAGGAGAGGGGGAGGAGUGAAGAGAGAGAUAUGAGUGACAGUAACCUGGGUGAUGACAGACUUAUGAGCUCCAGAGAGCCGUGAGGCGAGACGUCCAGGUGCCAGGGGCUUUCCGUUGGUCCUGAACACGGGAAUUCUUUGCAACAGUGACAGCAAGAUCGCUCUGCAGAAGAAGACCGUCGAUUCCUCCCCUGCGAACCUGUGAGACAACCCCUGGAGUGAAGAGAUGCAGGCCUGGUCUGAAUGAACACCGGACUUGCGCGAGGAGAGGAUCUGUGUUGUAAACCCUGCGUUUGGGUGAUGAUCCUGCCGGAUCCUGCCCUGGUGUCGUAGAUCUCGUUCUCCCGGUCGCCUCCCGCGGGACCGCCGUCAUGUCGAACUCUCAGGAGCAGAGCCUGAACGAGGACGUGGUGUUCAGCCCCGUCCAUGAGUCCAACCCGGAAUUCCUGCACUGCGAGCGGGAGAGGAGGGUCCUGGAGGGCCUCCUGAUCGAGGGGCCUGGGGCCUUGCAUGCGAAGCUGAAGCAGGAGCGGCUAGGGGACUUCCUCUCCCCGGAGGAGGCUGCCCAGAUCUGCCUCUGGGCGCAGGACUCCCAGACGUCGCCCGGGGGGGAACAGGAGGAGGCCGGCCAGGAGCAUUCCGCCUCCACCUAUUUCCCGACGCGCACGGACUCUCCCCUCCCCAGCCUGAAGCUGGGCUGGCCGGAGAGACAUUGCUGGCCGGACACUGGGAACACUCUGGUCUACACCAACCCCCCUUUGCCGGGGGCCCCGCCCAUACGGGAGGUGGUGAGGAGGAUGAUCCAGGGAGCCCACACGCUGGUUGCCGUGGUGACGGACAAACUGACAGACAGCGCCGUGAUCGGCGACCUGCACGCUGCUGCAUCUCGGGGCGUUGCAGUGUAUGUGGUCCUGAACAAGAGAUCCGUCCAGGACGGCUUCACCUCCCCAAGACUAAUGCAUCAGAACAUACAGGUUCGAGUCUUGGGGGGAAAGGCAUUCUACUCGCAGGAUGGGAAAAUGGUGGUGGGAGAACUGAAGGAGAACUUCCUCCUGGUGGAUCUGGAUGCCGUGAUGGUGGGCAGCUAUAGUCUCACUUGGGCAGAUACCCACCUGCACCGGCAGCUGGUGACAGUGAUGACCGGCCAGGUGGUGGACUGUUUUGACAAGGAGUUCCGGAUCCUAUACGCGGCAUCGGCACCCAUCCCUGAUUCUUGCUGGGCGAACAACACGCUGUCGAGAGUGGAGAAUGUCUUCCUGCAGUCAAACCACACUCCUAAACCCCUCCCGCUCGAUGUCCUCGGGGAGGACGACAUGUGGCCCUCGCCCACCAGUGACCCGAUAGACUGGGAGGCUCUUGGCGUGAUCAAGAAAGAUCAAUUCGCGGAUGAUCCUUUCAAUCUAGCUGGAGAGUUGGCGGGGCUGUUGCUAUCUCGACCCCCUUUAUUUGAACGAUGGACCAAAAUUGAGAAAGAGAAUCCUGCAAGAAGAGUGGAAUUUCAACAAUGUGUCCCUCCAGCGUAUGAAGAGCCCAGCAGAAACCAUCUGUUUAUGACUGAGGACCGCUAUUUCCCUGGCAGUGACAACCUACACUGGAACACAGCCAGGCCUGAAGGAAUUCUUAGCAAACCACAAUCCUGGCAACAAAUCUAUGAAAUUGAGGCAAUGAAACAGUUUGUCAGGUCAAACAUUACCAAAACAGGAACUCAUUUACUGGAGGAGAGAAUGUCCUCUCCAUACAAUCAACAAAUAAACGUGGAAAAUGGUUAUGGCCACUUCAAUCUCAAGAAAGACAGUGAUCUUGGGGCAUGGUCGAGACCUCAGGUGACUGGUCCAGUCCACAGUUCUGAGAAGGGCAGCAAAAUGGCAAAGAAGCCGCUUAUCCUCAUGGUGCCUGUUCCUGAGAAUGGUGCUCCCAGUGACUACAGUGAUAUUCUCAAAGGCUUAAAGACAGAAUGCCUCUCCCCAGAAAGUCCGUCAAGGAGCAACAUGAUCAAAGACCUGGGUUUUCAAUCCACUGAGACAGACCAGCAGGACAAAACAAUUCCUGCAUGGAGGACCCAUGCCAGUGGUCAAACCAAGCCCAUUGUAACCCCUGCCCAAACACUGAUGAAGACCCGUAUUGAUGAGAUGAAGGCUGGUUCCUCCAGAAUUACGAAAAUGUACGCAAACCCCUUCAGACCCCGUGCUUCCUCCUUUGACUGCACCAGGGACUGGGAGAGGCCACAGCAGGCCUGGGACAGACAGCUGCAACAGGACCAGUAAUGUUAUUUGGAUGGGGGUCAUUGACUGUGGAGCAGGGAUUGGGGCUAGGAGAAGGUGAAGGGGAUCAUGAUAUAUGAAAUAGAUUUGUGCCUCGACAAAGCUGGUCGAAGCUGGUUAAGCUGGCAGAGUAAGCUGGUGGUCCACUGGUGGACUAGCUGACUAUAUAAGCUGGUCAGCUGAUGAACUACUGGUUGAUCAGCUAAAAGUUGCUUAAACCAGCUUGACCAUUUUAGGCUUAAAGUGGAAUUUUCAGCAGAGAUGGGACUUUUUAUGUACCUCUGCUGUAUCUGAGGGGUUGCUGUGGUACCUUUCAGCAAAGACUUUUGCAUAGCAACCACAACUGCUUCAUAGGGUUUCCAAAGAAUUAAGUUAAGAUGUAUGUAUGGCAAAAUGUCUGCUUCCACCUUUGACUGCACCAGGGACUGGGAGAGGCCACAGCAGGACUGGAACAGACAGCAGGACCAUUUGGACGGGGGUCAUUGAUUGUGUUACAGGGGUUGGGGCUAGGAGAAGAUGGAGGGGAUCAUGACAUCUGAAAUAGAUGUAUGGCUGGUCAAAGGUGGUUUCUAGCUGGACAAUGCUGGUUAAGCUAGUAGAGUAACUGGUGAACUGAUAGACAUGCUGACCAUAUAGGCAGGUCAGCUGGUGAACAACUGGUUGAUCAGCUAAAAGUGUAAAAUGUAACAAAUGCUGAACAAAUGAAUAAAUGCUAUCCUCACUGUGGGGC